GGCUAACCCAAGGCAUUCCAGCAGCUGCAAGUGAAGGAAUGAGGAAUCAAACCCAGUGCUUCCAGAUAAGAAUCAGCACACUUAAGCACCACACCAAACUGGGUCUCAGUUUCUUCCACGCCCGUACAGAGCAGGGACCACCCCACCCCGCGGUCUCCUGCCAGGGACAAGAACUGAGGCUCCGGCAUAUUGCCUAUCGGCUGGAAGAGGCGGAACUGAGAACUCGCGAGCGGCGGUAUUUAGCCGGUCUCGUUACGGUGACGGACUCAUCUCCUUUUUUUUUUGCGUUGGGCUGGAAGGCGCGUGUUGCCUAAUCACGCGUGCGGAGGAUCCUUGAACUAGGUUUCAUCUCAGCGAGGAUGCCAAAAGCAGCAAAGAGCAAAGGAGGGGGGCAGGAGAAAAAAGUUGUCCAUCCUUACAGCAGAAAAGCUGCUCAACUUACAAAAGAAGCACACAAACAAGAAAAAAAGGAAAAGCUGAAAAAUGAAAAGGCCUUUCGUCUCAGUGUUGUAGGUGAAAAACUCCUUUGGUUUCAAAGUCACCUGGACCCCACCAAACUGGAGUACACAAAAAAGGAUGCCUGUGAACUAGUAGAAAAGUAUUUGCAUCGAUUCAACGAUGAGUUGGAGCAGAUCGAUCUGCAUAAUAGUAUUAAGGGCAGACAGGCAGGGCAACACAGUUCUCGAGAAGCUGUCAUCAAACAGACUAUGGAACGUGAAAGACAGCUAUAUGAUGGAUACGGGCUGGAUAUUCCUGACAUUGUGAACUGCAAGCAUCUUAAAACUUUCAGAAAUUGGGAUGGUGAUCUGAAGAAGCUGCCAAACAUUCAAAUGAGAAAACUAUCCAGUAAAGAUGCCCUUACUACUAGGCUGGAGAAAGCAUCUGUUGAAACUGAAAAGGAACUGUGUACAGCAAAGGAUGUGCACUAAUAAACAGCUGCUGACAAGAUGACAGCUGAAGCAGAUUGCUGAGCAACUGUUUUAAUUAACAGCAGGAGCAAGAAGCCUUGUCUUCAGUGAAAUGCCAAAAGACCCAGCUCACUUGCCUAUGCAGAUAGCAUUUGGUUUUGACCUUCAGUUAUGGUGUAAAACACUGGCACGUUAUGUCACUGUCUUUGUUUUGAAUAUAAAGUUUGUAAAGAUAAUAAAAGGCAUGCUAGAUGUUAUAGUGGUCUAAUCUAAUUUGGAUUUUUCCAAAUUUGUAUAUGCUUUGUGUGUAGAGGAAGAAGAAAGCUGAACUCUUCCCCUAUCAAUACACUCCUCUCUAUAUUCUUCUCCCCCAGCCUACUCCAGAGGUUACUUCUAGUCUACUUCUUGUGAGAGGCAGUUGUGAAAAAAGAGUUUGAGGGCAUAUAUGACUGAAGAAUAGGUUCGUUCCCCCUACCCUUUUUUAUUCUAACUGGACAGGCCUACUUCUGUAAUGCCCAGUUUGCCAUGGUCUCUCACUCUCUCUCUCUCACACACACACUCUCUCUCUCAAGCAAUGUUUUUAAAGAUGGCUGUCAGUUUAUGGAGGCAUAUCAGAGCCAUAACUGGUUUGACAUGAUGGCAUGUGAUACAUUCUUGUCCGUGCCAGAACUAUUGUACUUUUCUUCAAGUUUCCUCAGUAUUUCUUCCAGCUUUCCUAAGCCAGCUGCAAAAAUGUGUUGAAGGUCAGGAUGGUGUGGCCAGUGCACUUCAGUCAUCUUUCUGAUUACCCUCACAUUUCAAUCAGGGCCAAACCAUACCAGGCAUUGAUGUGUUGUGCAUAUAGAGUACCCAGAUUCAGAUUGGUACUGCAUCUUUUCCAUACCUGGAACAAUCUUGUGGAGCUACUGUUUACCACAUAGGAACUAACUUACAAGUCCUAUAUAGCUUUUUAAAAACAAAAAUCUGCUUGGUUUUUUAGCUCAGAACAUCCUGUGUUGCAUCUGGUUAGUCCUUAAAUACCACACUAAUGCUAGGCUAGUUGUUACCUCUUCUCUAAUAUUUAUGUCAGCUUUUUGCCAUGCUUCAUAUACUUGACUUUUUCCUUCCUAAAUGGAGGAUAAUAUAUGAAAUUAACUUUGAAUAACUGGAUCAAGAAUGGGUGGAAGCAUGUCUGGAAGGAACCUGAAGUCGUAACAUUUCUCACUUCUUCUACGAUAUGGAAUCUAUCUAGUAUCUGCAUAAAUGUUAAUUUUCACCAUAAAUUAAAUGUUUUCUGAUUUUUCAGAAUGAAUUUCACCAGCAAGCAAAGUUGUUUUUAAAUGUCAUUAUUGUAAGAUCAAUCAUAAUCCAAAUACUGGUACACUCUGAGUAACACAGCUAAGAUCAAAUUAGUGACAUCAGCCAAGGUAUUCCUUAAAGCAACUCAAUAAAAUAAUAUAUAUAUUUGUGUAUAUAAUACAAAUUAAGCCUUGAAACAUUUUUGCAGAUUUGAUUGUUCUUAAAAGCAAGUGCAUUAAAAUAAAGGAUAUUAUAUAUUUGUGCAUAUGCUCCAAAUUAACAGAGUUGUUUUUGAAAUGUUAAUUGUUUUGUUAAUUCUCAUAUGUAACUGAGAAAUAAACUCCUGCUUCAGUGCAGAGAUUGUGCUAAAA